CUAUGAUUAUUAAAAUCCUGCUGCUCAUAUUUGUGGUGUCUUCGGUAAAAGCUGAGAAAGAGGAGACCGAGAAAUAUGACUUCAAAACUGAAAAAGAAUUGAUGGAUGCUUGGAAAGCUUAUAAGAUUAAAUACGGAAAAUCUUACGGCCCAGCUGAAGAUGCCAUACAUCUCCGAGAGUUUGUGAAAUCAUGUCGGCUGAUAACAAAACAAAAUAAAUUAUAUGACCAAGGAUUAAGUACCUCGGUUGCGGGUUUGAAUGAGUUUGCAGAUAUGACUGACGAAGAAAUGAAACCUUGGAGAGGUUAACUUUAUUGACCAAUUGCCAUAUAAUCAAAGUUCUCAGUUAUUGAAACCUAACUAAAUGUGAAAUA